AUGUUUGCUACCCUAAAAGCAGAAGCUGAACUCAUCUCAGAAGCUGAGGAAAAAGUAAGUUUGGAGAAAAGCAGGCCCCAACGGUCUCUGUGACCCAGCAAGAAGCCCUCAGUGUCCCUCUACCUACCUCACCUGCAGCAGACAGAGCCAAGGACAUGCCUACAACACCAAGAACACCUGCUAUGCAACGUUUCCACAACACCCUCUCUCUAGUUGAAGCAGAGGUCAUAGAACUCAGAGAGAACAAGCUUCAAGAGGAGGACACUGUCCAGAAACUAAAAUAAGAUAUUAAACAGUUCAGGGAGGAGAGCAGAGCAUCUAUUGCUAAAUUAGAACGCAGACAAACUGAGUCAGACAAAUGAUGACCUCAGAGACCAUCUGAGCACAGCAAGAAAGGAGCUAGAACAAAGAGAGAGGUACGUUGACCCCCUCAACCAGCAGAUAGUCAAUAUGUCCUCUGCAUCUAGAGAACAUGUCCACCAGCCUGGUACAACACAAGCAGAACCUGAGACCAGCAUAACCAGCAUGGCCUCCACCACACAGCCUGAUUACACUGCACCAGCCUCCCAGUGAUCCAGCCCAGGUCAACCUACCAGCCUCCCAGUCUGCUCCAGCCCAGGUCAACCUCCCAGUCUCACAGUCUGCUCCAGCCCAGGUCAACCUCCCAGUCUGCUCCAGCCCAGGUCAACCUACUAGCCUCCCAGUCUGCUCCAGCCCAGGUCAACCUACCAGCCUCACAGUCUGCUCCAGCCCAGGUCAACCUACCAGCCUCCCAGUCUGCUCCAGCCCAGGUCAACCUACCAGCCUCCCAGUGAUCCAGCCCAGGUCAACCUACCAGCCUCCCAGUCUGCUCCAGCCCAGGUCAACCUCCCAGUCUGCUCCAGCCCAGGUCAACCUACCAGCCUCCCAGUCUGCUCCAGCCCAGGUCAGAAUACCAGCCACCAUUUUACAUUUCAGUCAUUUAGCAGACACUCUUAUCCAGAGCUACUAACAGUUAGUGAGUGCAUACAUUCUUUUUUAAUACUGGCCCCCCGUGGGAAUCGAACCCACAACCCUGGCGUUGCAAACUACCAACUGAGCUACAUCCCUGCCAGCCAUUCCCUCCCCUACCCUGGACCAAUUGUGCGCCGCCCCAUGGUCAGCUACGACAGAGCCUGGAUUCGAACCAGAAUCUCUAGUGGCACAGCUAGCACUGCGAUGCAGUGCCUUAGACCACUGCGCCACUCGGGAGCCUCCCAGUCUGCUACAGUCUCCUAGUCUGUUCCACCCAGACAAUCACCCACAACUGCAAGCCUUAUUGAUUCAAAUGGGAAGUUCUUAGUCCAGGAAAGAUUAUUCCCUAGACACCAGGUGUAUAAAUGCUGGUGUCCUACAACUGACAGUGCAAUGCAGCUACUCAGUCAGACCAGGAUUGACACCCCCGACAACAUCAUCAUCCACACUGGCACAAACAACCUUCGUGCUAAAGGUGAAAAUGUAUCUGGGGCAGUGAGAAGAGUGGCAGAACGGGCACAGGCUAUGUUCCCAACAACCAAUAUAGUUGUGUCCACCCUCCUACCAAGAAAAGACUUCCCAGGACAGUUGAUCGACAAAAUAAAUCAACAGAUCACUGUGGACUGUGCCUCACUGCUCAACGUCAGAACGGCUCACCACCCCACUCUGACAUGUGAACAUUUAUACGAUAAUGUACAUCCUGAUCAGGACAGUAUCAGAACCUUUGCUAAGGACCUUAAGGAUUCAAUACUUGGCAGGGACCCACACACCCAUCACCCCAGCAACAGAGCCCCCCCCCCCCCCCACCCCACCUUCUGAAACAACAGUACCCCCACCAUCCCCAGGAGAGAAGAGCCAGACACGGCUUAUUACAGCACAACUCUACAAGACCGGGCCCAACACAGCACAGAUUUACCAGACCGGACCCGCCUCAGGACAGCACGACCAGACCCGUACCAUCAGCUCUACUAGACCCGGCCCAUCACAACACAGCUCUACUAGACCCCAUCACAACACAGCUCUACUAGACUCGGCCCAUCACAACACAGCUCUACUUGACCCCAUCACAACACAGCUCUACUAG